GUAGUAUCAUUAACGCAUUAGCGUUUGCGAAAUACGUAUUUACGGCGUAAUCUUUAGUUACGAUAUUUUAUUAUAUGUAAUAUAUUUAUAUUUAUUCGCUAUUUGCUGUUCAAAAUGCGAUAUUUUCUACUCAUUGUAUUAAAUCUGUCGAUAAUAAUUAUGAGUUUUGGUAAAUUGGUCCUCGAACACAAAUGGAAAUACGCCGAUCUUCUUUGGGAAAGUCCGCAGCAAAAGCAGCGAGCGAUAGAUUCCGGCGCGUAUAACGCUAGCUUGAUGUUUCUCUUCGACGUUGAUGCGGCACCAGGUAGGCUCAAAUUGUUCAAAGAUUUGUAUGGUAGAAUAUUCCUCACGGCAUUAAGAGAAGAGGGUACACCGGUAAGCAUACUGACAGUAACUGAUCAAGAAGGAGAAGGAGGUCCUCUUUUGCGUCCAUAUCCAGAUUGGUCCUGGUACAGGACGCUUCCAAUGGACGGCUGCGACGGCAUUCCAGGAGUUGUUUAUGGAAUAAAUGUAAACAUUAAAAUUUUCUAA